UUAAUGAGAGAAAUGCGAGAUCAAUAUAACCAAAGAAAAACUUAAAACACAUCGUACGAAAUUGUUCAAGAGGCAGUAAAGUGUGCCACUGAAUUAGGGGAGCAACUUUUGACAAACAAAAAAACAGAAACAAGAAAGAAAGAAAAAAAGAAAUAUAGAGAAAAUCGCGUACUAAUUGCGACAAGCAAAUAACUAAUAAACAAUCAGUGCUCAGAACCGAGCAUUUCUCAGCAAUCCAAUUCACAGUCAUGUCUAAUCCAAAUCAGGAAGAAGAAACAGGAAAGCUAGCAAUUCGCCUAGCAAAUGCUGUAGUUCUUCCGAUGGUAUUGAAGUCAGCUCUAGAGCUCAACGUUAUUGACAUCAUUUCAACAGCCACGAGCAGUGGUGGCGCGUCCCUCUCACCCUCCGAGAUUGCUGCUAGAAUUCCAACAGAGAACCCAGAUGCACCAAUCUUACUAGACCGAAUGUUACGCCUUUUAGCAAGCUAUGAUAUAUUAAACUGUUCUUUGGUCACUAAAGAUAAUGGUAAAGUUGAAAGAUUGUAUAGUGCAAAGCCCAUUUGCAAAUUCCUUACUAUUAAUCAAAGUCAAGAAGGGUCUGUUGCUCCUCUGUUUUUGUUGCAUCAUGAUGAGGUUUUUAUGAAAAGCUGGUACCAUUUCAAUGAUGCAAUUCUUGAAGGUGGAAUUCCAUUUAAUAGAGCUUAUGGAAUGACCGCAUUUGAAUAUCCAGGAACUGAUCAAAGGUUUAAUAGGGUGUUUAAUCAAGCUAUGUCAAAUCAUACUACUUUAAUCAUGAAGAAGAUUCUUGAUGUUUAUAAAGGGUUUGAGGGCCUCAAUGUGUUGGUUGAUGUUGGUGGUGGUGUCGGUGUUGCUCUUAAUAUUAUCACUUCUAAGUACCCUGAAAUCAGGGGGAUUAGUUUUGAUUUGCCCCAUGUAUUAGCUGAUGCACCUUCAUAUGCAGGAGUGGAGCAUGUUGGGGGAGAUAUGUUUGUUAGUGUCCCUAAGGGAGAUGCAAUUUUCAUGAAGUGGAUACUCCAUGAUUGGAGCGACGAACAUUGCUUGAAACUUCUCAAGAACUGCUGGGAAGCACUUCCUAAUAAUGGUAAGGUGAUCGUUGUGGAGUCAAUUCUUCCCGUGGCACCAGAGAAUAUUGUCUCUUCACAUAUUGUCUUUGAGCAAGAUCUAUUCAUGUUAGCCCAAAAUCCUGGAGGGAAAGAAAGAACCAAGAAGGAAUUUGAGGCCUUGGCACUGAGAUCUGGCUUUUCAUGUUAUGAAGUCAUAUGUUGUGCUUACAAUAGCUGGGUUAUGGAAUUUCACAAAGAGAAUGACCUUUGAAUUAAUAUGUUGUGCUGACAAUGGCUGUGCUGUGUUGUGCUUUAAUGUUGUGUUUCUUUCUUUUCUUUUUCUCUGUACAACUCAUCCAGAGAAAAAUGUUUAAGCUGAAUUCCUGUUGAGGGAACUCUGUGUCAGAAUAAUAUGAAGAACACCAAUUCUGUUGUGUAUGAAA